AUGGCCCCCUCCAUCUUUUAUCUUUUUUGUUCGUGCUCCCCGCAUGGUCUCGCUCUCGCGGUCGCGCUGCUCUCGCUACCGGCCAAUCUCAGGCGUCAUGGCAUGGCUGCCUCAUGGGACUAUGGGAGAGCCGGCCGGAGAGGAGACAAACCUUGUGCGCAGCCGGCCAGCCCUGGGGAAAGGGAGGUUUUCAGAACCGCUUAUUAUGAGCUGACAAAGGUACUGAUCGGUUUGGAGGCAAAAGGGAACAUACAGCUAUCGAUUCUGGAGAUCUUCAGUCGCUGCCUCUUUAAUCAUGUCAGAGGGCCUUGGCAAUCAAGUAAGGUGUGGGUUUCACCCUAUGAUCACACCGACUUACUUCCACAAUUGUCUCUCAUCUUUCUAAGUCAAUGCAUUCCUUCGUACAUGGAAAUGACAAGUGCACACACGGGGCAAUCAACGGGUUUCGGUGCCAGCGUAGUCGGAGGGCUGCGUCUGUGGGUCGCGUUCCCAGUGUCGCGCGCGGCGGCCGAAGGUGGAGGGGCGGUUUUGCGGAGAGGAGGUGGAGGUGGUGGUGGUGGUGGUGGUGGUGUUGUGGUCCCGGUGGCUGCGGAGCGCGGUCUCCAGGGAGCGAGUCUAUCAGAUGCUGCGGCGGCCUUUGAGGAGAUGCAAUCGCUUGAAGAAGGAGCUGACUUGCUAAGAGAGAGAUGUUUAAAGUUUCACAAAGGUUGUCGAAAAUACACGGAAGGACUAGGGGAAGCAUAUGAUGGAGAUAUUGCAUUUGCAAGUUCACUUGAAACAUUUGGAGGGGGUCAUAAUGAUGAAAUCAGUGUUGCAUUUGGAGGGCCUGUAAUGACCAAAUUUACAAUUGCUUUGAGAGAAAUUGGAACAUACAAGGAAGUAUUGCGCUCCCAGGUCGAGCAUAUGCUAAAUGACAAGCUGCUCCAGUUUGUGGAGAUUGAUUUACAUGAAAUGAAGGAUGCUAGGAAACAUUUUGACAAGGCUACCCUUCUUUAUGACCAGGCACGUGAAAAGUAUUUGUCCUUGAAGAAAGGUACAAGGACUGACGUAGCAACUGCAGUAGAGGAUGAGCUUCACAGUGCCAGGUCUUCAUUUGAGCAAGCUCGUUUCAAUCUGGUGACUGCACUUUCAAAUAUCGAGGCUAAGAAAAGGUUUGAAUUUUUGGAGGCUGUUAGUGGGACAAUGGAUGCUCAUCUUCGUUAUUUCAAACAAGGAUAUGAACUACUACAUCAGAUGGAACCGUAUAUCAAUCAAGUUCUUGCUUUUGCACAACAAUCAAGAGAAAGGUCUAACUAUGAGCAGGCUGCUCUUCUUGAGAGGAUGCAAGAGUUCAAACGGCAAAUUGAUCGUGAAAGUCGGUGGUCACCAAAUGGAAUGAAUGAUUCCCCUAAUGGUGAUGGAAUACAAACAAUUGGUAGAAGUUCGCAUAAGAUGAUUGAGGAAGCAAUGCAAUCAGCUUCAAAGGGCAAGGUUCAGACCAUUCGCCAAGGCUAUCUCUCUAAGAGAUCUUCAAACUUGAGAGGUGAUUGGAAAAGGAGGUUCUUUGUCCUCGACAGUCGAGGAAUGUUAUACUAUUAUCGCAAGCAGAACAGUAGGCCAUCUAGUGGUUAUUCUAACCAAAGAACUAGCAUUCCCUCAGAACAUGGUUCUGGGCUGCUCAGCAGAUGGUUCUCUUCUCAUUAUCAUGGAGGCGUGCAUGAUGAGAAAUCAGUUGCACGCCAUACUGUAAACUUGCUAACAUCGACCAUUAAAGUUGAUGCAGACCAAUCAGAUCUGCGGUUCUGCUUCAGAAUAAUUUCUCCCACAAAGAACUAUACAUUGCAGGCAGAGAGUGCAAUGGAUCAGAUGGAUUGGAUUGAAAAAAUUACUGGCGUCAUUGCUUCUUUGCUGAGCUCCCAGUCCCCUGAACGACGUCUUCUAUUGAGUCCUAAGGGCAGCAGCCAUCAUCGAACUGCCAGCUCAAGCAGUUCAUUCAGUAGCUCAACAGAACUUGAACAUUCAAUAAAUGAAGAUUGUAUGCUGGAAAAGAACUCAGGGAGUGGUUAUUUCGAGCAUUCUACAAGAGUUGCACAGCAUCACCGAACAAGCAUGAUGAAACCUGACAAGCCAAUUGACUUGCUUAGGAAGGUGGCUGGCAAUAAUAGCUGUGCUGAUUGUGGUGCUUCAGAGCCUGAUUGGGCAUCCCUGAACCUUGGAGUUCUUUUAUGCAUAGAGUGUUCUGGAGUACACAGAAAUAUGGGUGUGCAUAUAUCUAAGGUAAGAUCCCUGACGCUUGAUGUCAGGGUUUGGGAGCCAUCUGUAAUCAAUCUCUUUCAGUCAAUAGGCAACACGUUUGCCAAUACUGUCUGGGAAGAAAUGUUACCUUCAUCAAGCUGUGUUGACCAUGGUGAUAUUUCAAGGGCUGAUGGAUUAGAGAACAUAUCACAUGGCUUUGCACCCAGCAAGCCUAAACAAUCUGAUUCUAUCGCAGUGAAGGAGAAAUUUAUUCAUGCCAAGUAUGCUGAAAAGGAUUUUGUGCGGAAACAUAACGUGGAUGAGAUUCAACUUGCAGAACAGAUGUGGGACAAUGUAAGUUCAAACAACAAGAAGGGGGUGUACAGUUUGAUUGUGGGGUCAAAUGCCGAUGUAAAUUUUUCUUACGGUCAUACAUCAUUUAAUUCGGCUUUGACUCUGGGAAAAGCUCUCCUUCUACAAGAGCAAUCAACUUCUCCAUCUAAUGGAAGUUCUAGAUGUUUUGACCGCAAUCCACUUGAGAAGGGUUCUACUGGAGAUUCUGUUUCUCCUGCCAGCACAAGUGCCCGUAUAGAUGGAUUGGAUGAGUAUGUUGAAGGAUUAUCUUUGCUUCAUCUAGCAUGUCGCGUUGCGGACCUGGGCAUGGUUGAACUACUCUUGCAGUACGGUGCAAAUGUAAAUUCUACAGAUUCAAGAGGGCAGACACCACUUCAUCACAGCAUCAUGAAAGGGAGACGUGUGUUCGCCAAGCUACUGCUUUCCAGGGGUGCUGAUUCUCAAGCCAAGGACCGUGAUGGUAGAACUGCGUUGCAGCAUGCAAUCGACAGCGGAACCAUAGAGGAUGAAGAGAUCCUUGUUUUGUUAGAGGACCCAAGUAGAUAA